CCCCCCAGCCAGCCCGGUCUUCGUCCUCGUCCACGCAGCUCGAGCUCGAAAACGCCCUUCCGGUGAACGUCAGACUCGCCCGUAACUCACUCUUCUUGCUGCUCAGCUCGGCAUCUCCGCCUCACCAAUCCGAUCGGAAUCCGGAGGCUCUGGCCGCACAAGGUCCAAACUUCACCGUCCCUUGCCGCUGUCCUCGCACCUGUGUGAGACCCAUGGCAGAACAAUUGCCAGGUGAAGGUUCCUCCAGUAGAAACACUGUUUCUGGAGAAAGUUCAGAUACAAAUCUUGAGCUCAAUGUUAAAACGCUAGAUUCACGGAUAUUCCAUUUUCAAGUGGAUAAAAGUAUGCGAGUUUCAGCUUUCAAAGAGAAAAUCGCUAAUGACAUUGGUGUCUCAGCUGGUCAGCAGCGGCUUAUUUUUCGGGGAAAGGUUCUGAAGGAUGAUCAUCUUCUUUCUCAGUAUCAUGUGGAAAAUGGUGACACGUUGCAUUUAGUUGAAAGGCAACCCACACAGCCUCAACCUUCAUCUGGUUCUGGAAGUGGUGAAACAACCAGCAAUUUUGGUACUCGAGUGAAUGAUGCAAAUCCUGGAGCCCCUCGUGGCCGUGUUGGGCAAAUUUCCCACAGUGUAGUUCUUGGGACUUUCAAUGUUGGGGAGCAGGGUGAAGGCAUUGUACCAGACAUUUCUCGGGUUAUAGGCACUGUUCUGAAUUCAAUUGGACUUGGCAAUCUGGGUCAGGUUAAUGUUGGUGGAAAUGGGCAGCCCCCAGUUAUGCUAAAUAUUCCUAGUCAAGGUCCUCAAGGAAAUGUAAUGGAGGGUUCGCAAGGUAAUGUCAGUGGUCAGACCCAGGCUGGAAGUCAGCCAUCGUCUGGACUGGCAAUUCCCAAUACAUCCGUUCAAUCUUUGCCUCAAGUUGUGCAAAUUCCCCUUGCAGCAGCAGCAAUACCUGUACCUUCACUCCAUGCGCCAAUCCCAGAUUCUUUGAACACACUUUUGGAAUUCAUGAAUCGCAUGGAGCAGGCACUCUCCCAUAAUGGUAAUCAGCAGAAUCCAUCAUCAACCAGAUCAGUGGAGUUGCCUUCAAGUGCUCGUGGCUUGCCCUCUCCUGAAGCAUUGGGUAUAGUUCUUCGCCAUGCAGAGCGGCUUCUCAGUGGUCAGGCAGUUGCUGCAUUAUCUCAUAUUGCAGGGCGGUUGGAGCAAGAGGGAGCAUCUUCUGAUCCUGCCAUAAGGAGCCAAAUUCAGGCAGAAGCAUCUCAAACUGGCAUUGCAAUGCAACAUUUAGGAGCUCUAUUUUUGGAACUGGGUCGCACAAUAUUGACUCUGCGUGUGGGACAGUCACCUGGAGAAUCUUUUGUAAAUGCUGGACCUGCAGUGUACAUCUCUCCUUCAGGGCCCAAUCCCAUCAUGGUCCAGCCUUUCCCCCUCCAGAGCAACUCCCUUUUUGGGGGCUCAGUUCCUCCAGUAAACCCAGUGGCUUUUGGUCCUGUUGGUGUUGGGAACCCACCUAGGCACGUAAACAUCCAUAUACAUGCCGGAGGCACCUCUCUUGCUCCCAUUGUUUCAGCUGCUGGUGGCAGGUUAAGCACAGGGGAUGGAGCUCAAGGUGAACGUGGAGAUUCUAAUAGCUCGCGGGAUUCAGGAACUGCAACCCCCUUGAGAACUGUCGUUGCAGCAACUGUACCUGCACGUCCUAGCAGUGUCCCUAGUUCCACUGCCUCACAAUCAAUUCCUGUCUCAGGAACACAGUCACAUCCUGAAAUUGCCGAUCCUCUUUCAUCUGUUGUAGCUCAAAUUAAUUCCCAGAUUAGAAGCUUGGUUGCCAACGUUCAAGAAGGAAACCAAGCCCCAUCAGGUCAAGCAGCAACAACUAUUGGAUCUGCUUCUGCUCAUGAACAGCCUAAUGUGGUGGCAGCAGGUGCAGGCUCGGGGCCCACUCAUUCCUCGUCUGAGUCCACGCUUGAUUUCGCAGAUAAGCCUCGGGCUGAAAGUUCAAGAGCUAUUAAUUUAGAGGAUUCAAGAGAUCAUGAGACCUCUAGAGAUGCAAGUGGUCCAAGUGGAGAUGCAGUGCCUUCACAGAAGUCUGAAGGUGCCUCCAGCUCUAGUGGAAGCCAUGAUGCUCAUGAGGGAACUAAUAGCACUCCCCUGGGGUUAGGGCUUGGAGGUCUAGAGCGUAAGAAACGAGCCAAGCAACCAAAGCCACAGCCUAAAGGAGGUGAUGGUGAGCCAACCAGUACUGUACCUGAGAAAACAAAUGCCCAAACCAAUGGGCAACAACUCUUGCAGUCUCUACUAUCUCGUGGUCCUACUGCAGAAAGAACAAGUGCAAGCACACUCGGAACAGGAUUCCCGUCUCCUGCUACAGGACAAUCUACAAACAGUAAUGCAUCAACGGGAGGGCAAGUUUCUAAUUCUCAGUUAGAUGUGUCUGGGAUGAUGUCACAGGUUCUGCAGAGUCCUGCCCUGAAUGGGCUCCUCUCGGGUGUUUCGGAGCAGACGGGGGUUGGGUCUCCUGAUGUACUGAGAAACAUGUUGCAACAGCUCACGCAGAGCCCCGUGAUGAUGAACACAGUGAGCAGAAUUGCUCAACAGGUUGAUUCCCAAGAUAUUGGGAGCAUGUUUGCUGGUAUGGGAGGAGGCCAAGGUGGUGGGGGCGGCGUGGAUUUGUCAAGGAUGGUCCAACAAAUGAUGCCGAUGGUGUCUCAGGCCUUUGGUGGUGGACCCCCUGGCUCUGGAUCGUUCCCUCCUGCUGCGGAUCAUGAGACAGAGAGGCAGCCCAGUGACCAGUGGCAUGACUUUGAAGACAGGGCAAGUGAUCGCAUGGAUCGGGUUCAACUCGAUAGCGUGGCCAGGCAAAUCGAAAGCCUGAAUCCACCUGAAGAUGUCUUCCGUGCUAUGGUAGAGAGUGCAGUUCAAUCAUCAGGUACUGGGAGUGGCUCCCAAGAUAUAUUGGAUGCACUUUGCAGUGAUGAGGAGCUCGCCAACGAAUAUGCAGACAUGCUGAGUCGGGAUUUGAGACGCAGGCUGCAGGGCGACUAUCCGACCGACAACUGAUGAUAGCUCACUCAUCUAAUGUUACGAGGUCUGUUGUGGUUUGAUGGCUUUUGUUGAUGAAACAUCAAAAUGGGCUGCCUAUAAAUCUGUGAUGAGGAAAGCUUGUACAAAUUUAUCUACUGGCUUGAUGAGGUUAUCGGUGGCAUUAACAGAAAAUAGAUUACCGGUAAAAGGUUUAUUCUAUGGUAAAAUUUGUUGACAUACAAGGAUUUUCAUUGGUUUUCUGCCAUAUAUGGGUUAGGGCAUGUUCGAUAUGCAAGAACAGAAAUGGGAUUUAACGAUCUGAACGUUCGUUGA